GCCUAAAAACAGAAAGUGAAAGACGCAGGAUUUGGUAUUCCCCUUCAGUCUAUUUACGCUCACGAGAAAUACAUACUUUCGUGUUGUGUCUCUUCGCACAAAGACGUGAAUAGAAUACUGUGCUGGUCUCCAUUGUGUCCAUCCGUGGAAGCUGUCCAGGAGUAUUUGAGCCAUGAACGUUCCAAAGUGUCCUAGUUGUCAUCAGUCUGAUGUGAGAGUUUUGGAUGGUCAGUAUGCGAUCUGCAAGCCUUGCUCUAAAUUGAAGAGGUCCGUGUUUCAGUUCUGCCUGGCGUGUCAGAGAGAGUGGCCACGCAACAGUCCGACUACCGAUUCCUGCACACUGCCGAACUGUUCGCUCCGUGCUGCACUCCUCAGCAACACAGAAAUCACUGACCCACACAGCUCGGUGAGAGGAUGUCCAUACUUCAGAGCCUGUCCAGGGUGCAAGGCCCUGCUUACACACAAUGGAAAGGGCUGUCCCAACAUCAUCUGCCCUCAUUGUAGAACAGCCUUCUGCUUUCGCUGCCUCCGUCAGCGGUGCUUUGGGAUGGGGAAUAUUGAAGCCUUUCUUCUUGCCAAUAGAGGGAUAGAGUCCCCCUUUCAAGGUUAUGAUAUAACUCCAUGUAGAGUUGUGGACAACAAACAGAGUCUCACAGUUUUUGGACUGUAAUGAGAAA